AGUGAUUUGCGCCUAUUACAAUGUCUACAAUUACAGACUACAAACAAACACAGCACGGAUACAUUAUCACAGUGACCAUGACAACGAUCGGUCACGCACACUCACACCACUCGCUGGAUUCAGGGCCUCUUAUAAAGUCAUAGAUAUCGACGAGUGUGUGUAUACACACUGCUCUCACAGCUGUCGCAAUCUUCCCGGCUCCUACGAGUGUCGAUGCCCUCAGGGCUUCUUCUUGUCUGCAGAUGGACACAACUGUUUUGGUCACUACUGAAAAUGGCAACAAAGAACACAUAGGAUGUGAUCAUUUCGUCAAUGCUGGUGGACCCUGGGCUUCUCAACUGGCUUUGAUGGCUGGAAUUGGAGACCCCACUCACUCUAACAGAGUCAUGCGUGCCCCUCUCCCAGUGAAACCACGGCGACGGUGUGUGUUUGUCAUAAAAUUCCCGGAUCUCAUCACUGAAGAAUUCCCUAUGCUUAUUAAUAUUGAUGGCACGUAUUUACGAAAGGAAGGAGUACAAAACACUUUCAUAUGUGGAGUGAGGACCCCUGAGCACCUGGAUCACGAUGACUUUGAGUUAGAAGUGGACUAUUCACUGUUUGACGAGUAUGCGUGGCCUAGUAUUGCACACAGGGUACCGGCAUUUGAAUCUUUGAAGUUGCAAAGUGCUUGGGCUGGUUACUAUGAUUACAACACUCUGGAUCAAAACGCAAUUAUCGGGAGGCACCCUGUCAUUAAUAACUUGGUAUUUGCCAAUGGCUUUAGUGGCCAUGGCAUACAACAGUCACCAGCUGUAGGUAGAGCAGUUAGCGAAAUUGUUUUAGAUGGUUGUUCGCACUCUAUUGAUCUCAGUAGAUUUUCCUUUGAAAGAGUUGUGAAUGGUCAGCCAUACAAAGAAAAAAACAUUGUGUAAGAGAUAUUUUUUUUACAUAUUCUUACGCCAAACUUCA